GUUUCGAUUUCGCUCCAUCAAACAUGUCUAAGAGUAGGCCGACUAGGCUUCCAGGGCUAGCUCUCAACUAGGCAGACAGCAAACAGGCAACUAGGGGCUUACUUUUAGUGGAGUACGCUUAGUGCUGUGGUUUCUUAAGCUGAGGCUGCUCUAACAUGGCAGAUUGACAUCAAUUCACUAAAAAAACUAACUUAAAGAAGGUUCUUUUCUCAAUGAACAUCUGAGUGGUGGGCCAGCAAUCAACGUACAGUAGCCCCAGGGUGGCUAUUUCAACUCCUCUAUACGGGGCUAUAUAUCAUAGCCGCAGCUGCAGCCAAUGAGGUGCCUGGAGAAGCUGAAGUCGAGCAGACAGAAACUUCAGGAUAGAUUCAGAAACAUUCCACACCAAUCUAACAAAUCCUUCAUCAAAAGCCUGAUGAAGGAAGAAUGGCAUGCUCUGAAGGGAGACAAAGAGGACUUGCCGAGGCUGGCCGAUCAGGCAGAGGAAUUCAGGUUUGAUGAUGAUUUGAACAACAUCGAUUCUGUCUUGGCCAUAUUCGAGGAGAUUCAGGCAGAUCUGAUGAGAGAAGAACAGAGGUUGCUGGAAGAAUUCGAUCAAAGUUUACAGUUUGAUGAAGCAUUACUGUGUGCAUCUAUUGAAUGUCUGCAAACAGAUGAACUGAUCUGCCCAGUGUGUCAGAGGUAUCCCCUGAUGCAGAACUUGAGUGUGAUAUUCUGUAAAUGUGGAGUUCGGAUUGACACUGAGCAGGACUGCCUGAGCCUGUCCCAGGUCAGACAGCAGCUGGAGGAGGGGAUGGCAGCUCACAACAACAGUCACUGUGAUCAGGACCCAAGGUUUACUGUAGUGGGAGCAGCUGGCAUACAGAACCUGUUGAUGACAUGUCAGGGUUGUGACUUCAUGUUUGUUGUCAUUUGAUGACAGCAAAUUUUCCUACAAGAUCAAAAAGAAGAUAAUAAAACAUCUGCCUUUUGUUCCAACAUUUGUCUGAAGUAUGGUGCUAUUAGCCUGAUGGCAGAGGCUCUUAAUUUUUUCUGUUAUUUCUGAAGAAAUUCAAACUGAAAGAAAUCUACGGGGAGAAUUUACAUGUAUCCGUUAAUAUAUUCCUUAAACUGCAAGCCAGUCCACAUUCAAACUGUCUUUUUCACUGAUACUUGGCUUGAAAUUUUAAUUUUUAUGAUGUAGUUUAAAAUGACUUCCUGAUGACUUGAACAACUUUGAAAACGACUGCAUAUAGUUUGCAUAUAAAUAUUUGAUGUAUUCAGAAAAAAAAUAUGUCUUUUUGGAACAGGUUUGAAACUUUGCAUGUGAAUGAAGAAUAUAAAUGUUGUGUGUUACCAGCUGUGAUACUUGUGUUGAUCC